GCAGACAUAGGAGGAAGUCGAUAGAAUCACAACGUCAACAGGAUAUUGAAAGACUCUCUUGACGUCAAAUUUCAUCCCCUCCCCCACCCCUUUCCUCGUUGUUUUAUCCCCCUCUCUCUUCGUUUCUUUUAUCUUUUCAGUUUUCAUUCUUAAAAUCCCCAUCCCGCCGCUAUUUAAACCUCCUCCUCUUCCCUACCAUCAUAACUAAGAAUUUCUCAAUUCGUUAGACACACACACACAAAAAAAAAAAAAAAAAGCUUUUUGGUAGCAAUUAUAUAAGAAAAGAAGAUUUUUUUUCAGAUACCCAAUUCAGUAAGGAGGAUGCUAGCGUGUUUAGUUGAACGAUUCGUGGCAGAAAAUGACACUGAUUCAUCACCUGAACCUGAAAAAAUUGCCGAUGGCGUUUUGAAAGACUUGGACAUUGAAGGAAGCAUUGAUUAUGGACUCACGGCAACCAGCUUAGGCAGUAAAGAUUUCGGCGGCUUAUAUUUAGAGAAGCCAUUAGCCGUUAUACGCCCAGCCGGAGCCGAUGACGUUGGACGGGUGAUUAGGCGAGCGUUACAGUCACCAACAUUAACGGUAGCGGCGAGGGGUAAUGGUCAUUCCAUUAACGGCCAAGCUAUGGCCCACCUUGGACUCAUAAUCGACAUGAAAUCAAUGGGUGAUAAUAACAGAAUCGAUGUCAAUGUCAACUCUAUGUACGCUGACGUAGGUGGCGGAGCAUUAUGGACUGAUGUCUUGAAACACUGCGUUUCGAAACACGGCUUGGCUCCUAAAUCGUGGACGGAUUAUCUUGAUUUAACGGUCGGAGGUACUCUGUCUAAUGCCGGCGUUAGUGGUCAAGCUUUCCGUUUUGGGCCCCAAACGUCAACUGUAAUGGAAAUGGAAGUUGUUACCGGCAAUGGAGAAAGAAUCGUCUGCUCAAAUUCUCAAAAUUCGGAACUCUUCUUUUCCGUUCUUGGUGGACUUGGUCAGUUUGGUGUCAUCACUAGAGCUCGAAUUUUGCUUCAAUCAGCCCCAGAUAUGGUGAGGUGGAUAAGAGUGGUAUACAGUGAAUUCGAUGAGUUCACUAAUGAUGCUGAGUUAUUGAUAAUGAGUCAGGAAUCGUUCAAUUAUGUGGAAGGUUUUGUGUUGCUGAACAGUGAUGAUCCGAUUACUGGCUGGCCAUCGGUGCCAUUGAAUUCAAAUCAGAUAUUUGAUCCCAUCCAUUUACCCAAAAAAACUGGCUCGGCUCUAUAUUGUCUUGAAGUGGCCUUACAUUAUAACAACCAAGACGAUCUCUCCACUAUAAAUAUGGUGAUUGAGAAAUUGCUAGGCAAAUUGAGAUUUUUGGAGCACUUUAAGUUUGAGAUCGACUUGACUUAUCUGAAUUUUUUAUUAAGAGUUGAGCACGUAGAAGAAGCGGCUAGAGGUAGUGGUAUAUGGGCUACACCUCAUCCAUGGCUUAACAUGUUUGUUUCCAAGAAAGAUAUUGCAGCAUUCAAUCGGCUUGUGUUCCAAAACAUCUUAAAAGGUGGUGUCAAUGGCCCUAUUUUGACCUAUCCUCUCCUGCGCAGCAAGUGGGAUAAUCGAUCGUCAGUGGCGUUACCCCAAAAUGAGAUCUUUUACUUGGUGGCUUUGCUAAGGUUUACCCACACACAUCCAAAAGAGUUUGAAAUAAACGAGAUGGUGGCACAAAAUCAGGAGAUUGUACAAACUUGUAUCAAGAAUGAAUUUGAUUUUAAAUUGUACCUUCCGCAUUACAAAUCCACAAUAGAAUGGAAGAGGCACUUCGGGGAUCAAUGGGGAAGAUUUGUCGACAGAAAGAGACAGUUUGAUCCAAAGGCUGUCCUUGCACCUGGACAAAAAAUAUUUACUAGAAACCACCAACUCUAAUAAGUAUAUAUUACUUGUGUUAGGUUAAUUGGUUUCUCGGACCUUUUUUCCUUUUCAUUGGAUACUGUGAUUCUUAAGAAAAAAACUCCAAAAGAAUAUAAAUGAAAAAGUUCAAGGA